AGUUGUAUUUUAGGGCGAAUGUUUCUUUCCUAUUCUUUCCGAUGAGAUGAUUUAAUAACGUUAACAGGGACAUUUCAGUGUUUACUCAGAGAAGCUUCGCAUCGUGUUUACUUGGCAGCGCCACGAAGAGAGUUGUUUGUACGUUGCUGCAAGCUAGCUAGAUAGUUGGCUGACUAAGUUGUUGUUAUGGUGCCGUCCAGUUAAGCCAUAUUUAUUCAGAUUUUUUUGCUGUUGGAUUUGAUGUAGGUUUUGUUCGCCAUAUCUGCUUCGAUUGAUCGUUUGCUAUAUUUUCUAAAUUUUACUCCUAGCAGUCAAGCUAGAUGUUUAAAUCUGAACGCCGGUGAUUUGGUAUUCUGUAACGAUGAGAUCCAUUUCACCCCGUAACAGUAAUCAGUAAUUAUCAAAAUAUACCAGUAUAGUCGCUAAUCUUCAGGACCGGGCGGAGAAGUCAAUGGGGAAAAGGAGAGACGCAAUUCAUCCCAGGUUUAUUGUAGGAGAUGGGGAUGAAACAGGGGUUUACAACGCUCACAAGAAGAAACAUAAAAAACACAAGAAGCACAAAAAGAAGCACCAUCGUGACGAUGGCCACAGUUUCUCCUCAGAGGCGCUGGAGUCCGACUCCGGCAUCGUUGUGAAACCUCCUCAGCUUAAACUGAAGAUCAAACUGGGAGGACAGACUCUGGGCACUAAGAGUGUGCCAACCUUCACCGUGGUCCCCGAUGCGCUACGCCGCCCGUCCCCUUUGAUGAUUGUAGAUGAUGACGACGACGACGAUGAUGACGAUGAAGAUGAAGAUGAUGACGAAGAACCAUCAGAGGGAGUUCCCAUUGAACAGUACAGGGCUUGGUUGGAUGAGGACAGUAACCUGGACCCAUCUCCACUGCCCGACAUGGACCCUGACUCCCCGCUGGAAGGCCCGAUGGAUGAGGAGGAGAAAUGGCUGGAAGCUCUGGAGAAGGGAGAGCUGGACGACAACGGAGAACUUAAGAAGGAGAUUGAUGAGUCUUUACUCACAGCCAGACAGAAAGCACUCCUGCACAAGCAACAGACCCAGCCUCUCCUGGAGCUGCCAAUGGGCUACAAGGAGAAGGAGCUGACCGCGGAGAUGAUGCAGAAACGGGAGGAGAGGGCCCGCAAGAGACGCCUGCAGGCCGCCAAGAAGGCGGAGGAGAACAAGAACCAGACCAUUGAGAGGCUGACCAAGACCAGCAAGGCCAAGAUCAAGAGCAUGAGGGAACGCAAGUCCAAACAGACCCAGUGCCCCAUGGUCCGUUACUGCGACUCCGCCCGGGGCGCCGCCGUCUCCUACCCGGCCGGCGUGCCGACCCCUACCCCCGCGCCCCCGCGUCCCUCGCCUCCUGCCCCCGUCAGCUGCGGGGUGUCCGGAUGUACCAACCUGAAGAGAUAUGCCUGCUCCAAGACGGGUGUUCCCCUGUGUAGCCUUGAGUGCUACAGGAAAAACCUGCUGCUUGUGGAGAGUGCAGCUUAAGCCUUUUUUCUUUUCUUUUUUUUUUUUUUUUUUUCUUUUCUUUUGUCUGUCCGACGUUUUCUUUUUUUGGAGAGCUUUUUAUUUUUCUCUCUGGGCUAAUCGAAUUCCCAAUGGUUUGAAGUGGUUAUGUUUCGAAUUGCUGUUGCAAGAGCACACAUCAAAGCCCAAGUAAAGUUUAUGUUUCGGGUACUUGCUACUCCAAUCCUUAAAGGACUGAAUUAUGUUUCACGACAAAAACCGUUGUUUAAAAUCAGUGCACUGGGUGAACUAGACUUGAUGUAUUUAUUUGGCAUGUUUUAUUUGGUUUAGACUAUGUAAGCUUUCAACAGAACAGUUUUAUUUUUCUAAGAAGACUGAAAAUAAACUGCCACAUGUAUACUC